GCCAGCGCGGGCUCCUGCGCAGUCGAGCCCACCCCCACCACCCAUGUGGAACUCCUAAUAGCUCCCCUUUAUUGGGGGGGCGGGGCUGCCAAGAGCACCCAUUGCUCACCCACAACUACCAGGGGCCCCAGUGCUUACAGGAUGGGAGGGGGCUGGACAGAGACUCAAGUUGCACCUGGGACUAAGCUAGGUGAGUAGGUGCCAUCUUUCCGUUGGUGUAGCUUGGCAAAGGCCCGCGUCUCCCUGCCCUCCGUCCGUCCUGUGCAGAGGAGUGCGAGAGCAAAGAACCGGGCCUGGCGGGGCUCCGAUCGUGCCUGCUCCCAGGGCCAGCGUGGGCAGGAGGAUGCGUCCCCAGCCCUACCAUGGAGCUGCGCUGUGGGGGACUGCUGUUCAGUUCUCGCUUUGACUCGGGGAACCUGGCCCAUGUGGAGAAGGUGGAACCCUUGUUGAGUGAUGGGGAAGGAGGAGGGGGUGGGGCGGCUGCCCCCAUCAGCAGCAAUGCCUCUUCCCCUGACUAUGAAUUCAACGUGUGGACCCGACCAGACUGUGCUGAAACGGAAUUUGAGAACGCGAACAGAUCAUGGUUCCACUUCAGUGUCCGGGGAGGAACUCCAGGGAAAGUCAUCAAGAUCAACAUCAUGAACAUGAACAAGCAAACCAAGCUCUAUUCCCAGGGCAUGGCCCCCUUCGUGCGCACAGUGCCCACUCGGCCACGCUGGGAACGCAUUCGAGACCGGCCAACAUUUGAGAUGACAGAGACGCAGUUUGUCUUGUCCUUUGUGCACCGGUUUGUGGAGGGCCGUGGGGCCACCACUUUCUUCGCCUUCUGCUACCCCUUCUCCUACAGUGACUGCCAGGAGUUGCUCAGCCAGCUAGACCAGCGUUUUCUGGAGAACCAGCCUACCCAUAGCAGCCCCUUGGAUACCAUCUAUUACCACCGUGAGGUCCUGUGCUAUUCUCUGGAUGGACUUCGCGUAGAUCUGCUAACCAUCAGCUCCUGCCAUGGGCUUCGGGGAGACCGAGAGCCCCGUCUAGAGCAGCUAUUUCCUGAUGCCAGCACCCCCCGACCAUUCCAUUUCGUCGGCAAGAGGGUUUUCUUCUUAAGCAGCAGGGUGCACCCUGGGGAGACUCCCUCGAGCUUUGUCUUCAACGGCUUCCUGGACUUCAUCCUCCGACCGGAUGACCCCCGGGCCCAGGCUCUCCGUCGCCUCUUUGUCUUUAAGCUGAUUCCCAUGUUGAACCCUGAUGGUGUGGUCCGGGGCCACUACCGCACAGACUCGCGGGGAGUGAAUCUGAACCGCCAGUACCUGAAGCCUGACGUGGUCCUGCACCCAGCCAUCUAUGGGGCCAAAGCUGUGUUGCUCUACCACCACGUGCACUCGCGUCUGAACUCCCAGAGUGCCUCUGAGCACCAGCCCAGUCCCCACCUCCCUCCUGAUGCCCCCCUUUCUGACCUUGAGAAAGCCAACAAUCUUCAGAAUGAAGCUCACUUUGGGCAGCCAUCUGAUGGGGGGAACCCUGAGACCUGGAAACAGACAGAGACGGCAGACCAGAAGCCCAACGGCAUGUGGAUUCUGCCGCAGCCGUCCACUGAGGUUGAGGAGCCCGCCCUGGAGAGCAUCCCUCCCAAGGAGAGUGGCGUGGCCUACUACGUGGAUCUCCAUGGACAUGCUUCCAAACGGGGCUGCUUCAUGUAUGGAAACAGCUUUAGUGAUGAGAGCACCCAGGUGGAAAACAUGCUGUACCCAAAACUCAUCUCCUUGAAUUCUGCUCACUUCGACUUCCACGGCUGCAAUUUCUCAGAGAAGAACAUGUAUGCCCGAGACCGUCGAGACGGCCAGUCUAAGGAGGGCAGCGGCCGUGUUGCCAUCCACAAAGCCUCAGGGAUCAUCCACAGCUAUACACUUGAAUGCAACUACAACACUGGACGCUCAGUAAACAGCAUCCCCGCUGCCUGCCAUGACAAUGGGCGUGCCAGCCCCCCGCCCCCGCCGGCUUUCCCCUCCAGAUACACAGUGGAAUUGUUUGAGCAGGUGGGGCGAGCUAUGGCCAUUGCCGCUCUGGACAUGGCUGAAUGCAAUCCGUGGCCCCGGAUUGUGCUGUCAGAGCACAACAGCCUCACCAACCUCCGGGCCUGGAUGUUAAAGCGCGUGCGCAACAGCCGGGGCCUGAGCAGCACCAUGAAUGCGGGCGGCAACAAGAAGAGAGGCUCGCGCAUGCCGCCCAAAGGCAACACUGGCCUGCCUGCUUCCUGCUCUGAAAACGCCCUGAGCCGGGCCCGAAGUUUGAGCACUGGCACAAGUGCUGGUGGCAGCAGCAGCAGCCAACAAGGUUCUCCACAGAUGAAGAGCUCCCCCAGCUUCCCUUUUCACGGCACUCGGCCUGCUGGGCUGGCAGGCCUGGUCCCCAGCACCCACAAGAUCAACCACCGGGUGCUGGGCCCCGUCAGAGAGCCCCGAAACCAGGACAGGAGACGGCGGCAGCAGCCACUGACCCAUCGCCCUACUGCAAGCAGCCUGGUCCCAUCCCCAACGCCCACUAGUUCUGGCCCAGCCUGCUCACGCAACAUGGGCUCCUGCCUGCUGUCCAACUCACUCAGCAUAUCAGGGGGCAGCUGCUCACUCUUGUCCUCAGGGGACAAGCCAGAGACCGUCAUGGUGAUUGGGAAAGGGCUGCUAGCAAGUGGCACCCGGAACCCCUGCAUCCGGACCCGGCUGCAGGCUAGGCCCAGGUUGGGCCGGGGCUCACCGCCGACUCGCAGAGGGAUGAGAGGCUUUUCGGGCCCUACACCCCCUACUCCUCGGAGCAGGAAGGUCAGUGAGCCGGAGCCAGGACCCUGCUCUGCUGCAUCAGGGCUGCCGCCUCAGGUUGGGCCUCCGCGGCCCCACUCUGCCCCUGCCUUUUCUAUUUCCUGUAGUCUAUCUGACUCCCAGUCCCGGACCUGUUACAGCAGGGGGCCCCUGGGCGAACCUGAGGUUUGUUUUGUCCCUAAGUCCCCCCCACUCACCGUGUCUCCCCGGGUCUGAGAAAGCUCACCCAGGCCACAGUCCCAAGCUGGGCGAGCACAGUGCAGAAUGUGCUAGUCCCCUCCUUCAGCUGCUGACUCCACGUGACAACCGUAACUACGGAAAGUCAGCAGUGCUGCCCAAAGCACCUUGACAGGACAGGGCAGGACCUGCCACAACCUCCCGGCCGUCCACAGCACAAGAUUUGGGGACCACAAAAAAUAUAUAUAUCUAUAUUUUUAUAUUGGGGGGGUGGGUAGAAAAUCCAGCAGCCCCUAUAGUGGGCCCUGAUAUUCAGUGGCAGCUUCUUGUUCCAUAGGGUUAAGGAAGACUUUGAGGAAAUAAAAGUUGUUUGGAAAACUCCA